CGAGCGCUCAGUCAGAUCUGUGGACGGUGUGUGCUGGAGUCACUUCAACCAGCUUACUGCUGUAACCUCUUGACAUAUAUACACACACACACACACGGGAGGACCAAGAAGACCGUUUGGUACACGUUCGUGAAAGAAGAUCUUGACUUCGGAGAGCCAGGAUAUUAGCAUUUCCGAGCGUGUGACUUUUGGUAAAGAGGCGGCCGGAUCUCCUCAACCUGCCGCUGGGAUGAACCGCUGCACAGCCGCGUUCCUUCUGUUGGUCAUCGCAGUUUAUUCCCUCAACACAGAAGCGUACAAAUGCAGAUGCACAAGGAAAGGCCCCAAGAUACGAUACAAGGACGUGCAAAAACUUGAAAUUAAACCAAGGCAUCCUUUCUGCCAGGAGAAGAUGAUAUUUGUCACCAUGGAGAAUGUGUCCCGUUUCAAAGGUCAGGAAUACUGCCUGCACCCCAGACUUCAGAGCACCAAGAACCUGGUCAAAUGGUUUAAGAUCAUGAAGGACAAGCACAAGGUGUACGAAGCUUAAAAUGCCGUAGUUUAAAAUGCUACAGAGGCUGAAAUUUCUAUGGAAUGUACAAAACAACCAGUGCAUCUGUGGACCGGUGAAGGACCUUUUUUCCAAGAAACGUGAGGCAUUUGCUCCGACAAGCUUACCAAGCACAAGAUCUUUCUUCAGGAACUAUGUUUAAGAAAACACUUGUAAAAAAAAAAUAAAUAAAUAAAAUAAAAAAAACAGUAAAAAAUAUAUAUAUAAAAUCUUACUCACAUUUCAAAUGUAAUUGUGAUCCAAAACAAGCUCUAAGUAUUUAUUCCAAGUGUUAGAAGAAAAAAAAAAUCUGUGUAAGAAAGUCUGUGUGAGUGCGAUUUAGAUGCAAGCGAUCACUACCCUUUCAGGUGGAAUAUUUUUGCUCCCCUGAUGCGGGCUUCUCGUUUAUUUUCGGUCCGAUUCAUUGUUUUGUGGAAUGUAAAAUGGUUCUGCUACAAAUGUUACUUAACUACCUGAGAGAAGCCAUACAAUAGUGUACAGUAGUGUGCUGUCCAGAGGGUUUAAACAACAUAAAGAUCUAAACAGAGGGUUACGAUUUCCCAGUGAUUUGUCCAUACGUGAAUCCAGACCUUUAUAUUUUGAUAUCUCAGUAAAGCUAGUUUCAUAUGUGUUGAUUUAGAGUACAACCAUAUUUAAAAAGAAAGUCUGUGAAUAAAUAUCUUGUAAUUGUAUACUGUGUGCCAAACCACCGUACAGCAGGUAAAAUUAGUAUGUUGUAAGCAAAGAGAAUAUUUUCAAUUAGGACUGCCGAAAGAGUGCUGUUCUUUGCUAAACCUUUCAUUUACUUUCAUACAUGCGCAAUUAUUUACUAAAGAGAAACUUUAUAUAUUUUACCUACAAUAUCUGCCACUCAAUUUCUUACUCCAAGCCCUAUUAAGGUUUUACCUCUCCAUACACGUCUUAAAUAUAAGCAUGUAAAAUUCGAGGCCUACAGUAAGUCAUUUUGUUUACCCUAACCUUUGUAUUCAAUCAUAGCGUAGCUUCCCAACACCAUUAAAAUGUCUACAUGGGCCACUUGUAUAAGGUUGUUUUAUUACUCAGGCUUAUUCUGUAUGACGAAUCUGGUAGGUUUUUUUUUUCACCAAAUGGAACAUUAUGUAAAUCAUAUGUAUGAGAAGUGUGUAUCUUGUAAAUAUUGAACCUUUGGCCUAGUAGAUUUGUUUCAGAUUUCAUGGUAGAAUUAUAUAUGCUGUAUUAUAAAGCUGUUUCACUAUUUAAAUAUACAGAAUCAGAAAUAUUUCAGCCUUCGUGUUUGGGUUUAUCGACCAAACACUGAUCCAGUCGCAUUCCAAGGAGUGUACUGUACAAGCACAGCAAUAAAAUUAUUUAAACGA